UAUAGUGUGGUUCGGAAUUAUGAAAAAUACUCGAUAGUAUAAGAAAUGACAUUCUUUUAUGUGAAAAUAGGGUGCGGGUCAUUCGGGUGACCCGCAAUCCACUCACCACCCACCUACAUAAGUGGAGGCAUGAGAUUAUCAAUCCGUAAUCCACCCACAUCAAUCAUCCACUGCUGGCGGUUUGUAAAUCAUUGAUUUUUGCAUUUUCAUUAUAAUGUUUCUAUAUAAUGAUUUUUACUUUGUAUAUUUUUCUGAUACGGAUUGCACAUUUUAGAUGUUACUUUGUGAUUUUUAUUUUUAAAAUUCAAAAAAGCUGAUAAAAAAAAAGAAACAAAGAAGACCCACGUGAGUGGGAGGUUUAAAAAUCACUUAUUAGUGAUUAAUAAAGAAAUAACAGAAUUAUUAGUAAAAAAAAAGGAAGACGUUCGUAUAACCCAUGAGCGGGAAAGGGAAAUAAAAUAAUAAAGUAAUCACUUUUUUAUAAUACCGUAACUACCCUUUUCAUUUAUUAAACAUUCACCCAUUUUUUAGCCAUAAGAUUAAUAUAUCUAGAUCCAAGGGCAAGGAAGGGCUUAGUCACUUGAAUAAGGACCCCCCUUAGACCAUCCACAAUGUGGGUGGGGGAAAAUGUGGGAAAAGAGGGAAAAGUGGGGAAAUUGGAUGAUUUGGUCACGGUGUGGUGGUGGGAAAAGUGGGUAAUCAGUUUAGUACUUUUUUGGUAAAAUCAAUCUAUAGUUGAUUUUGUCACUUUAUUUUCAUAUAAUGAUCAUUAUUAUUACGUACUUAGUGAUAAUUAAUUAAUACGAACAUUUCGACAUAAUUUUUUUAAAAUUUAGACAUAUUUUUUUCAUCACUAAUUAAGUAUGACAUCAUCAAUGUCGAAAUCAUAAUAAAGAGUUGUAUUUUCCCAUCCGCCACUUCCCCGGUUCCCCCCACCAUUUGUCUCAUUUGGUGGGUUUUCCCACCCACUAAACCCACAAAACCCAUUUAAUCCCCUAUUCCCCCCACAUUGUGGUCAAAUUUUCCCUUUUUCCCACAAAACCAACCCACGUUGUGGGUGGUCUUAGUCACAGGAUCCUCCCUUGUUGAGGAUUUUGGAGUUUUAGAGCGCACUCUUAUCAAUUAGGUAUUCACCCUAAUUGUAGUGAGCAACAUUAUACCGAUUGUCUUUAAUAUCGAUUUGAGAUUAUCCAGAUGAUUUCUGUAUCGAUUGCCCUUUUUCACGAGUGGGUUCUGAUCGAUUGGUUCCACCUAUCUAUGCUAUUUUGGUUCGAGUGAUUGAAGUUGUGCAACUUUGGUCGUAUCGGUAUGUUAGUCUAAAUCUUUAAACUAUAGGUUUUUUUCUUGUUACUUCAUUUUAGAUUAUACUUACUAUUUGCUCAUAUCUAUUCUCCCAAUUUUUUUGUGUUUUUAGGAACAUCAUAUGUGACUGUGCAACUAUUAUUCAAAUAUCUUUCGGAUAUUUAUGAGGUCAUAACCACAUUGGAGCAAGAUGAAGAUGCUGACGACGCAUGAUAGUGAGGAUUAAGACGAAGGUAGCAAAGUAUUGGAAUGAGUCAGAUAAUGAGGAGAAUAUAAGGAUGAAUCGUGUGAUCUACAUAGCAUGUAUGGUAGAUUCGAGGCAUAAGUUGGCCUAUGUUGAAUUUGUCUUGAAACAGAUGUAUGGAAAAAAUAAUGGGGAGGCAAUGGCUAAGGAUAUUCAAGAAGAGAUGGGCAAGUUGUUUGAAGAUUAUAAAAUAAAGCUCCCGCAAGCUCCUGCCUCCACCCUCAAGUGUGGCUGCUAUGAGAUUAGUACAGGUGUAGGAGCUAGAGCUACGUGUGCCACCACACCCAGUGGGAGUUCGAGUGGACAUCUAUCUAAACGAUGUAAAUGAUGUUAUUCCUUUCGAUGAUGAAGAUGAUAGCUUAGACAUCCUUAAAUGGUGAUCCGUCAGUAGCAUUAGAUAUCUCGUGCUUUCUGAAAUGGUGCGGGAUAUUUUGGCUAUUCUGAUUUCUUCUGUUGCCUCUGAGUCUGCUUUAAGCACAGGAGGUCGGGUGUCAUCCUCAAUUAGAUCCUCAUUGACCUCGAAGAUAGUGGAGGCAUUAAUCUGUGCAGAAGAUUGGAUAGCAUUUCAUGAUUCCCAAUUGUCCAUAUUGAAGAGGAUCCCGAAGAGCUAAUUGAGUUUGAAAGUGGUAAUUUAUCAGUUCUUCUUUUUCAUUAUGCUUUAGUUUUUAUAUUUAACAAUUUGCCUAUCUUAGUUUUCCUUCUCAUUAUGAUUUAAUUUUCAUGUACUUUUAUGAUGCUUUACAAGCUCGAAUGGGUAGUCAAAAUGGGAGUGACCUUGAUGGUAAGCCAAAGUCUGUUGAUCCGACUCCUACUCCUACCCCCCCCCCCCCCCUCCCCAAACAGUUGAUGUUGAUCGACUUGAUGCUGUUGAUUCUGAUAUCAAUCCUGAUGACGAGAAUUAAGAUCUUAGAGUAAAUGAUGAUUAUGGGCUAGAAGAUUUGGAGCAAGACCCUCGAAUUGAGGUUGAUGAUUUGGAGUUUAUGAAUUUGUUAUUUGUGGCUGAUUAUGUAUGUUGGAGUGUUUGGUUUAGACUUUAUGUUCAAGUGAUUUAGAUGACUUUAAGGUGUGUGUUUAGAUGACUUUAUGUUUAAAGUGUUUGGUUUUAGACUUUUAAGAGUUGAGAUUAUAUAUGUAUUUGUGUAAUGUAAUUGUGUAUUUGUGAGACAGUGAGACAUUAAAAUUGGCAGGAGGCAGCGGCUGAAAUAGUCUUGGAAUCGAAAAUUCAGACCGAAAUUGGUCACCCAAAAUCGAUUUCGAGAUCGAUUUCGGAUCGAAAACCAAGUAAUCGAGCAGACUUGUGGUCUCGGCUAAUCACAACCCUAAACCAAAACCGUCACUUGCUGUUAACCAAAGGUCAUGUUGGUCUCGGCCUCGAUUGGCAGUUCUGGAAUAUCCUCGGUCUCGAGUAACCGAUGAUAUGGUUUGGUUAAACCGAAACCACAUGGACUAGCAGACAUAGAGUUCACAAUAAUACCCCUGCUGGGAUCUUUUGAAUCAUCCGCACGUUUAGAUCGGCUAUGUAUCUAUUCUUGAUUAACUCUGGUCUGAGUCUAUGAGAUUUUGUUAAUUUCUUAGGAUUCCUUUCCCUUUUUUCCCCACAUGCACCUUUUAAAAAAAUUUGCCUGUAAUAAUUAAUGGUCUCACUGCGUCUGCAUGCAUGGCUUUAUUUCCUUUCUGAAAAAAGGAUAAUUGCAUGGCUUUAUUCCUCAUCAUGUAAAGCUUUAUAAGUGUUUCCUUUGUUGCUAAUUAUAUUAUUAUUAUUAUUAUUAUUAUUAUUAUUAUUAUUAAGUGAAGAAAAGGGUCUACCAAAAGUAAAAGUAUGGAGUGGGAAGGGGCAGUAGUGCGAUUGACACAGUUGUUCCUUUGCGUCUUUACAUGGGCAUGGACAAAACUCAAAAGCCUCCCCAUUCCAUCCCAAAUCAGCAUUGCAUAAGUUAUUUCCAUGUAAAUUGUUAUGGAAUUGAUUGGAAUAUACACUAGUACGAAUGGUAAAAGAGAACCAAAAUUCAAUUUCGGGUGAAAUUAUAUUCGUGUAAUUUCAACUUUAGAGAAAAUUCAUACUAUAUUUUAUUUAAUUUGAAUUUCCUAUAUACUUAUUAUUGGGUACGGAAGAAGAAAAAAAAAGAUACUCAAUUCUAGUAUGAAAACACUUAGUAAAAUGACCGAUAUUGUUCUCCUCUUUUUUUCUUUUUUUUUAAACGUCUGUUAUAGUUAUUAAAGAUAGGAAUGAACC